AUCCAGCAACGUCACUUUAGUCACUGCCAUUCAUAACAAUAAACUUGACAGAGAGGCGUGGGGGAACAAUCAUUAAUUAAACUCUCGCUGCUCAUCAACAUCUCAUUGUGACCCAAACACGAUGACGAAUUCUGGAGGUCGAAGACUAAAGCAGUGGCUGAUUGAGCAGAUCCAGAGUGGACAGUACUCUGGGCUCCUGUGGGAGGAUGGAAGCCGAAUCAUGUUCCGAAUUCCAUGGAAACACGCGGGGAAACAGGAUUACAACCAAGAAGUAGAUGCAUCCAUUUUUAAGGCAUGGGCUGUGUUUAAAGGGAAAUUUAAGGAAGGCGACAAAGCAGAACCUGCAACUUGGAAGACCAGACUGCGCUGUGCACUCAAUAAAAGUCCUGACUUUGAAGAGGUGACGGAAAGGUCUCAGCUGGACAUCUCAGAGCCUUAUAAAGUCUACCGAAUCGUACCUGAGGACGAGCAGAAAAAUGGAAGAAGCUCCGCGAUGGCGAUGGCUGCUUCCAACAGCUCUGGCGAAAUGACCGACAUGGACUGCAGCCCUACAGACACAGAUUGCAUCAUUAAAGAGGAAGAAGGCUGCAGAAUGCAGGCCAGUCCCGAGUAUUGGCCGCAGACUAGUGUCAGUGCUUUCUCACUGCAUCAGGACCAUUUACCAACUGGCACUCCUAGUUCAGGUUUCUCCCAAAUGAUGAUCUUUUUCUACUACGGAGGAAAGCUGAUGGAGAACGUAUUGGUGACUCACCCGGAGGGCUGCCGCAUCUCCCCGGCCCAGCAGCACCUGGGACGCGGCACCCCCUACAGCUCGGACAGCAUGCAGAGCGUUUUCUUCCCCUCGGCUGAACUCCUCGAGUUUGAACGGCAGCGCCACGUCACCCAAAAGCUCCUGGGUCACUUGGAGAGAGGGCUUCUGCUGCGUGCCAACCAGGAGGGCAUUUUCAUCAAGAGGCUGUGCCAGAGCAGAGUCUUUUGGAGCGGACCGGCCGACGCAGGCUCUCAUUAUGGCCCUGUGCCUUGUAAGCUGGAGAGAGAUGCGGUGGUGAAGAUUUUUGACACCGGCAAGUUCCUUCAUGCGCUGCAGCUGCACCAGGAAGGUCAGCUGCCAGCACCCGAUCCAAAUGUGACUUUGUGUUUUGGUGAAGAGCUUCAUGAUCUCAGCAUGGCCAAGAAUAAGCGGAUAAUCGUGCAGAUCACGAUGGUGAAGUGUCAGCAGCUGCUGGAGGCGAUGAAUUUGCGCCGCUCGCAGCCAUACUGCACCAACAUGGACCUGUGCGAUGACAUCUCAGCAGAGCAGAUGGCCCACAUCUAUCAGGAUUUGUGCAGCUACAGUGGUCCGCAAAGGUCCUCGUGCUACACGGACAACAUGCCCAUCACCGCCUGACGGUGUGCCAAGAGUGCGCAUGUAACUUUUUAGGAACCCUCUUUGUUUUGGAUCAUAUUCUCAGUCUGAACUUUCUUCUCAAUGCCAAGAAUAUCCAUAGUUUCACAUGUUUUUGCUUUUUGUGUUAUAUACAAGAAGGGUCCUGAAAAACCUAUGCCACUGGUCUGCAAUACGAUUAAAGAAGAACAUUAUUAGAAUCUAACGUAUCAAAUUGAUAUGUUCUUUGCAAAGGUGUAGCUAACGAUUCGAUGCACCUUUGGAAUCCAGUGAGAUACAAUACAAAAGCUGAACUUUGUUUUUAACUCAACUUUUAUUUCUGGAGCACU